CGGGUCGUCGCUGUUAGCCUUCUCUCGGCCAGUCAGCCAGCUAGCCAGCUAGUUCGUUUGCCGUUUUGCGGAUUUUCAUAGUUCAGUGCGCUUUCCAGUCGACAACGCGACACCGUCAGCAGCCGCCAUAAUCUCUAAUAUAAUAGAUAUAGCAUCUCCUCUCUCUCUGCGGAUCCGAGCCAUCCGAGCAUCCCCGUCUAAAUAUAAUCAUUUUUAUUUGUGAUUUAUUUAAUCAACAUCUCUCAGCACCCACAGAGAUUGCGGGGGCGACCUGCCACCAUCCAUUGAAUGGAAAAAAGAAAUAUAGAUAGAAAAUCUGGUGGAAAUUGCUCUUGAAAGCGAAAGAAAUUGCACACAGAAAGUGCAACAAAGUGCGGUUAUUGGUUAUCGGUUAUCGGUAAAUUGAUUAAAUCAGUAGUGCACUUGACGUUGCAAGAGACAGCCCGUUCGGUCUGGCCCUCGUCCUGGCCUGGCCCUCCGGAAACCGGAAACAGCACUUGAUGGUGGCAGUGUGAAGGGUGUCUCCUCCUCCUCCUCCUCCUCCUCUAACCUUUAACAGUUUUCCCAUAAAAAUUAUCGCACUUCGGGGUGAAAAACAGGAAAAGGCAAUUAAAAAAACAACCUCCUUUGAUGUGUUAUCGAUGGAAAAAUCAAAUCAAUCAUCGAAAAGUAAUCGAAAUGUGCCUUGAAAUCAAUCCUAGUUAUUAAUUAUUUUUAUUUUAUCAGUGAUUAUGAUACUUUUGUUUGAAGAAAAUCUUCCUAUCGGUAGUUAUCGGUUAUCGGUAGUUAUCAAAAUUAUAAAAAAUCAUCGAAAAAUAAUCGAAAAAGGCCUUUAUACCUCUAACAAUUGUGUUUUAAUAGUUUAUUGUUGAAGUAUAACAUCUUAUAUCACUGAUUUUAACAAGUUUCCAAAACAAAAACCCCCUAAAUCUUAUCGGAAGCUAUCGAAUCCCUAAAAAUCAUCAAAAAUUAAUCGAAAAAAGCUCUCAUACUCCCCAAAAAUGUGUUGUAAUUGAUAUAUAACAUAUUUUAUCACUGAUUUUAACAACUAUUUCUGUAAAUAACCCCCCCCCCCCCCCAAAUGUUAUCGGAAGUUAUCUAAACUGCCAAAUCAUGAAAAAAACAAUCGAAUACUGCCCCAAAAGUGUUGCAAUUGAUGAUCGCCAAAGAAAGUCAACAGAAAACGUGAAUAUUAAUGAUAUAUAUUUUAUCGGCGAAUGCAAUAGUGUUAUGUUAUCGAAGGUUUUGUUUCCAAUUCGUGUUUGAAGAAGCCACUUACGGAGUGGCGUUUUGGUGCGUGUGUUGUUUUCGUUUUUCGUUUUCAUUUUUGUUAUUUUGUUUUGAUUUCUUCAAAACAAAAAAAAAAUAGUGAAAAAAAUAGUAGUGGUAAUAUUAUGCAAUGCCGGAGUUUGAUGAAUCUUUUCUGAGAGAUUGUGCGCUGGCGGAGCGAUGGGGUUUCUACUCCUAUACCCUCAAGCCGACGCCACCAACGUCCAGCCAUGAUGAUGACGAUCAUCAUCAUCAUCAGAGGCAUCAUCUUGGAAAAAAACAACGACAAUCAUGGUCGCCUCGAGAUACCAACAACAACACUAAUAGCAACACUAGCAACUCUGGCAACACGUUGCAUAGCAUUAAAUUCCAUAGACGUCGAAAAUAUAAAAAGCUGCCACGAUUGGCAUCGCUAUCAACGCCACUGAUACCACAAGAGAUGGAUGUGGAUGUGGAUGCCACUGGCAGGGAGACGUCACUGCCCAGCACACCUGUGCCGCUCAAGAAUGCGGUGUGCCACGGCAGCAUCAGUUCUCCAUCCACGCCCGGCACCUGCUCCAGCGGCGGCGGCAGCGGCGGUGGCUGCAGCAGCAGCAGCAACAACAGCCUCAACAGUGGCAACAGCUACUCGGCCGCCGCAUCCUCAGCUUCCAGCACACUCCCGCCCAGCACGCACCACCAAGCUCCAGGAACUCCCCGAGGCGGAGGAGGAUCAUCCGGAGCACCACCACCAGCACCGCCAAGUGCCGGAUCAUCGGGCCAUAAGAACAGCCUAAAGGGCACAAAGCUGGCAAGGAGGGCGCGCUCCUUCAAGGACGACCUGAUCGAGAAAAUCUCCCUGAUGCGGACCACCAACAACACGUUGGGUAGAUCCCAUUCGCCGCACAGUCCGCGCUCCAAGCACGGCUGCAAGCCACCGCCCAGCAACGAGGAGGUCCAGCGCUCCACCCAGACCCUGGAGACUCACGUCAAGGACAUCUCCAAUGCCCUCAAGCACUUCCGGGAUGUCAUACUCAAGAAGAAGCUGGAAGUUCUGCCGGGGAAUGGCACAGUUAUCCUGGAGACCAUAGCCAGCAUGUACUCCGUUAUUCAAACCUAUACGCUGAACGAGAAUAGUGCCACCAUGAGCUCCGCCACGCAGCAGGUCUACCAGAGCCUGGGCAAGCUCAUCAAGCUCUGCGACGAGGUGAUGCUCUCCGGGGAGAGCGACGAGUGCGCCUCCCUUAGCAACGAGAACGUCCGGGAGGUCAUCGAUCUUCUUGAGGAUGCAGUGAGGAAUCUCGUUACCUUGGCCCAGGGGAAGCUCAAGGAGCAGGAUCAGUGCACCUUUCGGUAUGGUGGCGCCGGUCUGGGCGGGAUUGGAGCUGCCGCCGAGAUCAUGGGCGCCGUAACAGCCUCCCCGGGCAUCACAGUGGGCAGUGGUGGGCCAGGAACGGGCAUCGGCAUUGGAUCGGUGGCCAGUAUGAGAGUCUCGGCAGCCGAAUCGGCUGUUGUGGCGCAACGUACCUCCCUGCCGGACAUCGCACUGACGCCCAAGGAGCGCGACAGCCUGGAGCAGCACAACGUGAAUCCGAUGCGCGGCUCCCACAGCACCGAGAGCAUCCUGCGCGACACGAGUCCACCGCCAAAGCCCCCACUACCUAAUCGGGCCAGUAAUCCGCCGCCCCUGCCCCCCAAGCGCCGUAGCCAGCAGGGCGGGGUGACUGUUGGUCCAGGAGUUGGUGUUGGCUCAUCCUCGUCCACGACAUCCACCUCCAAUCAGGCCAGCCCCCUGCCCUACGCCCAGUCCCACAACAUCAGCCUCAACUCCGACCUGGACUGCAGUUCCAACAUCUCGCUGCUCAACUAUGGCGUGGAUCACCUGUCGGUGAGAUCACGAUCGCCGGAUGAGAACAGCCAGUGCUCCUUCGACUCGGCGCUGAACCAUUCGCGCGAGGAGGAGGACCAACUGCGUCAAAUGCCAAAGAUGCCGCCAGCCCUCGACCAGGACAUGGAUGGCGGCGAUAAGAUACUGAGCUAUAGUGAGUAUUCCAUCCGCAAUCGUCUGUCAGAUGGUUCCUCAAUCACUCAACUGGUGGCCGACCUUCCCAAUCCACAUCCACAAACGCGUUUAGAAGGCGAAAUGGCCAGCAUACCGGUUACAGUUAUGGCUGGAGGACAAGGAGGAUCUGGAGGAUCAGGACAUCCAGACGGAGGAGGAGGAACUACCACUACUACGGUGAUGGCUGGUGGCGGGGAAAGUAAUACGGAACUGCGGAAAGCAGCCGCGGCACUCACCAUCAAUCGCCAUUCCAACGAAUCGGGUUUCGUGUCCAUGAAGUCAUAUCGCACCUCCACCCAAAGCGUGUCGAAGCGCUCCUCGGACUACAGUGUCCAAUCCUCCACCAAAUCCUCCAGCAGCAACUCGGAAAUCGCCUUCAGCAUCAGCGAAUCGGGCGGGAAUAGCACCUCCACCAUGGGAGACUACCAGCAAAGGUGCACCACCACCACCAGUUCGACGAGCACCACCAGCACCGGGUACAGUAGCAGCGAGAUGGAACAAACCCUCUCCUCAUCCCUGGGGAUACUGAGGGGAUCUUCACCGGAAAUGGCAGCACCGGCAUUGCCGCCAAAAACUGGACAUCGGCUGACCCGGCACGAGUCCGCCGGCGAUGAGGCGGACGAGGCGGGUUGGGGGAGUCACCGGAGCAGCCAGUCGGAGCUGGCGGAGCUGAGGCAUAUGCAGCACCACCAUCACCCCCACCUGGGCCACCAGGCACAGUUGCAGCAGUGGCACUCGAAGCACCAUAGCCUCAUCGGGAGCAGCUGCUAUGCGUUCGAUAAGAGGAAUCUGGAGGAGCCGCCGCCACUACCCAUGAAGAAGAAGCACAAUCGCAAUUUAUCAAACAAGAAGCAAGUCUGCCAAAUUGUUGUACGCAAGAGUCUAACCCAUCUAAAUUAUCGUUCCAACCAACGUCUAGUGUUUCAGAGUGUCGCCUUCUCGGUUCUGGCCUACAUGGAGAUCUGCUCGGCAUCCACACGGUCCAUCGAGCAACACCGCCAUACGAUGCACGCCUACAACAUCAGCCGGAACAUCUCCCACAGCCAGACCAUGAACAUCAUGCCGAUGAGCAAGGAACUCUCCCCGGAAAUGGAGACACCGCCCGCCCUGCCGCCGAAGAACUACAAGCAGCGCAAGACCACCUCGUUGCAGCCAUUCGUGGUGACCACCACACCGCCACCGAGUCCCAAGCCGGCCGUCCUGGCCGAGAAUGGUGGCGCCAGGCCGGAUAGCCGCAUGGCCACCGUCUGCGAGGAACUGGCUACCGAAGAGCCCGGUCCGGUGCUGGACAGCAAUGAGAAUGUAAGGGCCGGCGGCUCCACCUUCUACUCCCAUCAGCUGCCCAGCGAGGAGGCGACCGCCACAGCGAGUAGUGGCGGCGGGGAAGUGGGUCAGCCGAUCAGCUCUCCCCAGUUGCUGGACGAAGGAGAUCCAGACCAGGCAGUUAACCCCGACCAGAAGGUGGUUACUUCCAAACUGGAAGUCGAAGAAGACGAUGAGGAGGACGACGUGGAGGAGGAGGAGGAAGAACCCGAGGAGAUGCUCAUCAAUAUGCUGGAAGAGGUGGACAUUACACGAUACCUGAUACUCAAGAGGAAGGAGGAGGACGGGCCGGAGGUGAAGGGCGGCUAUAUAGACGCCCUCAUUGUACACGCCAGCCGAGUCCAGAAGGUCGCCGACAAUGGUAGGCAUCACCAGAAAUCCAAGAAGAAGGAGGCCCCUGUCCAACCUGGCAAGCAUUUAACACCCCACUCCCAUACCCAAUCCCAAAUAACUAACCAAUCCCCCAAUCAUUUUCGCUCUCAUCUAAAAAAUACCUCUGUUGUCUCUGUCUCCGUCUCGGCCGUUCCAACGUCAUCUGUCCAAUUCCACAUGAUUGUACGAAAUGCAGCGUUCAGUGAGGCCUUCAUCACCACCUUCCGCACCUUCAUCCAGCCGAUCGACGUUAUCGAGAAGCUGACCCAUCGCUACACCUACUUCUUCUGUCAAGUCCAGGACAACAAGCAGAAGGCCGCCAAGGAGACCUUCUCCCUUCUCGUCCGUGUCGUCAACGACCUAACGUCGACGGAUCUCACCAGCCAGCUACUGAGUCUGCUGGUGGAGUUUGUCUAUCAGUUGGUAUGCUCCGGGCAGCUCUAUCUGGCCAAGCUGUUGCGCAACAAGUUCGUGGAGAAGGUUACCCUCUACAAGGAGCCCAAGGUGUAUGGAUUUUUGGGCGAACUGGAUUAUGGCGGAGGCAGUGUUGGGAGUGUUGUAAGCGGCGGCGGCAUCGGCGGUUCGGGGGUGUCCGGUAACGGGGCCGGUCAGCCCAGUCUAUUGGAUCUCAAGUCGCUGGAGAUUGCCGAGCAGAUGACCCUGCUGGAUGCAGAACUGUUCCAGAAGAUCGAGAUACCCGAAGUAUUACUAUUUGCCAAAGAUCAGUGCGAGGAGAAGUCGCCGAACCUGAACAAGUUCACCGAGCACUUCAAUAAGAUGUCGUUUUGGGCGCGCUCCAAGAUCCUGCGCCUGCAGGACGCCAAGGAGCGGGAGAAGCAUGUGAACAAGUUCAUCAAGAUCAUGAAGCAUUUGCGCAAGAUGAACAACUACAAUUCGUAUCUGGCCCUGUUAUCGGCGUUGGAUUCUGGUCCCAUCCGAAGAUUGGAGUGGCAGAAGGGUAUAACGGAGGAGGUGAGCUCUUUUUGCACUCUCAUCGAUUCCAGUUCCAGUUUUCGGGCCUACCGACAGGCCCUGGCUGAAACCAAUCCUCCCUGUAUACCCUAUAUUGGCCUGGUCCUUCAGGAUCUGACAUUCGUGCAUGUGGGCAACCAGGACUACCUGUCCAAGGGCGUUAUUAACUUUUCCAAGCGCUGGCAGCAGUACAACAUAAUUGUAAACAUGAAACGUUUUAAGAAAUGUGCCUAUCCAUUUCGACGCAACGAGCGCAUCAUACGCUUCUUCGACAACUUCAAGGACUUCAUGGGCGAGGAGGAGAUGUGGCAGGUGUCGGAGAAGAUAAAGCCACGCGGUCGCCGCCCAGUUAACUAUUAGUCUUCAGCAGCAGAACACCAACUUUAUAUACAUAUAUAUAUAUAUAUAUAUAUUAACUACAAAUCAGAGAUAGAGAUAGAGAUCGAGAGUUAUAAGAUACUAUUCUAUUUGGGGUCUGAGGAGCAAUAACGUUCGCUAUUCUCUGUCUAUAUAUAUAUAUAUUAUAUAAAUAUAUUUAUAUACAAAUUAUAAAUAAUAUAUAGCUAUAGUUAGCAGCAGAGAUAUAUAUAUAUACAUCAUAACUAAAAGAUAUACACCGAUUCAGUAGUAGAAACGAAAAGAAAAGAAAGUUAAGAGCCAAUCUGUAGUAGUCGAACUAUUAUAUGUAAGCUCUAUGACGACCUCAGCCAACUCCCCACCAACAGAUCGAGAUCGAAAGAGUCCCUAUAUCCUUAUAAUCCCUAUAUCCCUAUAACCCCCUUCGUUUUAUAACAACUUAUAUUAUAAUCUAUACAGACACGAACACAACGAAUUUUUUGGGACAAGAAGCGCAAACACUUUCUGUACGUUUCUAGAGAGAAAUAGAGGCCAACCAAACCAAACUUAACUAUUAAUUAUUAAACUCUAGCGAUCUGGAUCGCCGACUAUAUGAAUCGAAAACAAAAAAUAUGAAAAUCCCAGAACACCAAACCGAAAACCAAAACCAAGCACGCCGUGAAUUUUUAAAUGCAAUCCUCUAGAGAAACCAAAAAAAAAAAACAAAAAUGAGAAACUUAAAAAUCUAGAAUCCUUCUUCUAUAUGUGUUAGAAAAAAAAUAUAUAAUUGAUUCUGAAGAGCAGUGGAAGUUUGGAAGUGUGUGGGCGGUGUGUCGAUCAAUCAAUCAAAUCAAUCAAAAAAAUACUAAAAAAAAGAAAACCUUCAUUUCGCAAAACUCAAUUAAACGAAACGACUUUUAAAGUUAAAAACAAAAAUAAAAAUAACUAUAAUAUGGGAGAUUACCUAAAUUCAAUUUGCUUUUAAAUGUACGACUAACAUAAAAUACAAAA